CCUCGACUAGCACAAAAGACAAACACCAAAAGAAUCCACAGCACAAACAUAGAGCCCCCUCCAGACCUCUUCCUCCCACCCAACAGCAACAUCCCCCACCCCUCCGAACUCCUGACCAAAAUGACACAAAAAUACGACCUCAUAAUCCUCGACUUCGACGGCACAAUCUACGACUCCCACGAAGCCAUCUACACCUCCAUGCAACGCACCUUCCACCACUUCCUCCCGGACCACCCGCUCCCGACCACGCAGCUGACCGCCCUGAUCGCCCAGGGCCACAGCCCCGAAGUCACCUUCCGCGCCCUCCUGGACCCCGCCACGGCACGGGAGGUCUUCGACGAAGCCACCUGGAUCACGACCUACCGGACCCUUUACGCCGAGCACGGCCACCCGCUCACGAGACCCUACCCGGCCGCGUACGACCUCGUCCGCACCCUCACGCAGACCCACCGCAUCCCCGUCGCCAUCGUCAGCAACAAGGCCGUGGGCGCCCUCCGCGCCGCGCUGCAGCGCGACGGGUUCCUGGCCUUCAUCCCGGAGGCGCUGGUCCUCGGGGACGGGGCGUUCCCCCGCGGGCGGCGGAAGCCCGAUCCCGCCGGGUUCACGGAGGGGUUGGUACCGCGGCUGAAGGCGUAUUACUCGGCUCACGGUGGUGGUGGUGGUGGGGGAAGUCCGGAGUGGUUGGAGAGGGAGGGCGGGGUGGAUAUGCGAAGGGUGCUGAUGGUGGGCGAUACGAUCACGGAUCUUCGGUUCGCGAGGAAUCUCGGGUGUCCCGUGUGUUGGUGUCGGUUUGGGCAGGGCGAUGCGGCGGAGUGUGAGGCGGCUGGGCCGGAGGUGGUGAUUGAUGGGUUGGAGGAGUUUGUGGGCUCGGUGCUGGGGUAGAGUUGUUGGGAGCUGGGAGGGGGGGGUGGCGGGGUGUGUAUAUCCUUGGAUAAAGACGUAGACUUAGAUUCGGGGGUAUGGGGUGGGUUGUCUGAUCUAUGUAGAGUAGAGGAGGGGCC